AAAAACAUGCUUUUCAGCCAGGUGGCCCCUGGUUUCCAGCCAUGCGCAAACCCGCUGGAGAGCGAGGACGGACAGCAAAUGAGCGAGGUGCGCUCCCCCGGUUCGGGACCCUCCAGUCCCCUGUCUGUCCACUCGGAGUCCAGCUGCGCCAGCCCAGAGCCAAAGUCUGUCCCGGCGCAGCAGAGGGUCAGGAGGCCGCUGAACGCCUUCAUCAUCUGGACCAAAGAGGAGCGCAGGCGGCUGGCGCAGCUCAACCCAGACCUGGAGAACACCGAUCUCAGCAAAAUACUUGGAAAAACAUGGAAGGCUAUGCCCUUGGCUGAGAAGCGUCCCUACAUGCAGGAGGCUGAGCGCCUGAGGGUCCAGCACACCAUUGAUUAUCCCAACUACAAGUACAGGCCCCGUCGGCGGAAGCAGCUGAAGAAGAGCCCUAAGACCCUGUCUGCAGAGGCCUCACCACUCUGCAGCUCUGGCUUCAGCAUUCCCUACAACCUCACCUAUUUGCUCCAGAACCACCACCACCACCACCACCAGCAGCAGCAGCAGCAGCAGCAGCAGCAGCAGCAGCAGCAGCAGCAGCAGCAGGCCUUCCACAUCUCACCUCCUUUCCCUCAUUCAUCCCUCCACUCUAACAGAUACAUCAACCCAGCCGUCCCUGACUCUGAAGCAGCCACUGCAGCAGACAGUUUCUCCAGUGUCCCUGCUGUGCGCUCAAACCCUCCUGGGUACCAGCCGCAGCCUCAGGCGUACUUUAGCUCCCAGCAAAGAUACAUGCAGCACGGGUUCUCCUCGUCUACAGCUCCUCUCAUGGACCAGAGGGAGUCCAGGCUCUACGGACUCCAGCAAUGCCCAACAGGGCCUUCUUUGGAGUUUUACUUGGAACAGGUUCAGCUGGACAUGCUGUAUGAUUUAGACCGCAGCGAGUUUGAACAGUACCUUGGUCCAAAACACCACGGGUCAGAGCCAGCAGAGCAGAGCAGCUACAGAGGAGGAUGCUCUGUGUGAUAAAUCUGAUCAAUGUGGUCUAUUUAUUUAAACUGUCUCACUUCAAUUGAUAAUAACUGAUUGUAUGUUUGGUGAAACCUCUUAUCGCCCUCUGUGAUGAGUUUUUCUGUC